CUAUAUCCGCUCGUCACGAUCCAUCCUACACCAAAGCUAAAGAACAACACCGGGUCGGUCAAAACCGACUGAUUAACCCGUCAACCCGAUCUAUCUGCGUGGUGAGUAACGCGACCACACGCCCGCUCUGCAACAACAUUUCAUCUCUUUAGUCUUCGUUUACACUAAUAUCAUUUUCAAAAUCUGAUUCCAAAUUUUCUAGUUUGAAAGAGAUCAAUGGGGUUAGGGUUGUUAGCUUCACGCCUCAUCAAACCCCACACUGCCACAGCAAACCCUAGAAAUCUCCUCCUCCUCCGUUCAAUCGUUACCAAACCGGGACUCCAAUCCCCUGAGGCAUCCGCCGCAGCUGCCGCCGAGCCCGCACCGCCUCCAGAUCUUCCGCCGCGAACGCCAGUAGGCGGCGCUCGUGUGCACUUUCAAAAUCCCGAGGAUGCGAUUGAAGUAUUCGUUGACGGUUUUCCGGUGAAAAUACCGAAGGGAAUGACGGUGUUACAAGCGUGUGAAGUAGCCGGAGUUGACAUUCCUAGGUUUUGUUACCAUAGUCGGCUUUCAAUUGCCGGUAACUGCCGUAUGUGUCUCGUUGAAGUUGAAAAAUCUCCUAAACCUGUUGCCUCCUGUGCUAUGCCAGCUCUUCCUGGAAUGAAGAUAAAGACCGACACGCCUGUGGCGAAGAAAGCACGGGAAGGGGUAAUGGAGUUUUUGCUGAUGAAUCAUCCGUUAGAUUGUCCAAUUUGUGAUCAAGGUGGAGAGUGUGAUCUUCAGGAUCAGUCUAUGGCAUUUGGAUCUGAUCGCGGACGUUUCACUGAAAUGAAGCGAUCUGUUGUGGAUAAGAAUCUUGGUCCUUUGGUCAAGACUGUCAUGACUCGCUGUAUUCAAUGCACAAGGUGUGUUAGGUUUGCAACGGAGGUUGCCGGAGUACAAGAUCUUGGCGUUUUAGGUCGUGGCAGUGGAGAAGAGAUAGGAACUUAUGUUGAAAAGCUCAUGACAAGUGAACUUUCUGGAAAUGUGAUAGAUAUUUGUCCAGUUGGGGCCCUUACCUCCAAGCCUUUUGCAUUUAAAGCCCGAAAUUGGGAAUUGAAAGGAACAGAGAGCAUUGAUGUCACUGAUGCUGUUGGGUCCAACAUUCGGAUCGAUAGCAGAGGUCCAGAGGUCAUGCGUAUUCUUCCACGGCUGAACGAGGACAUCAAUGAAGAAUGGAUUUCAGAUAAGACUCGGUUUUGUUAUGAUGGUUUGAAGAGGCAGAGGCUAAAUGAUCCCAUGAUUCGUGGAGCUGAUGGGCGCUUCAAGGUUGUGAGCUGGCGUGAUGCCUUUGCCAUAGUUGCGGAAGUUAUGCAUCAAGUUAAACCAGAGGAAAUUGUUGGAAUUGCUGGAAAGCUGUCUGAUGCUGAAUCCAUGAUGGCACUUAAGGAUUUCUUAAACAGAAUGGGGUCAAAUAAUGUGCGGUGUGAAGGAAAUGGCCCAAGCCCGAAUGCUGAUCUUCGAUCUGGAUAUAUCAUGAACAGUAGCAUUAGUGCUCUUGAGAAGGCAGAUGUAUUCCUUUUGGUUGGCACCCAGCCAAGAGUAGAAGCUGCUAUGGUUAACGCAAGAAUUCGCAAGACAGUUUGUGCAACCAAUGCUAAGGUUGGUUAUAUUGGCCCUCCCACCGAUUUCAACUAUGACUGUCAGCAUCUGGGCACUGGACCUCAAACCCUUCUUGAAAUUGCUGAGGGUCGCCAUCCCUUUUUCUCAGCAAUCUCAAAUGCUAAAAACCCAGCGAUCAUUGUCGGUGCUGGAAUUUUUGAGAGAGAAGACAAGGAUGCAAUUUUCUCUGCUGUAGAGGCGAUUGCAAAGAAGGCUAAUGCUGUAAGACCUGACUGGAAUGGAUUCAAUGUAUUACUUCACCAUGCUGCCCAAGCUGCUGCCCUUGACCUUGGACUUGUACCGGAAUCUGGCGAGAAUAUCGAGUCUGCUAAGUUUGUGUAUUUGAUGGGUGCUGAUGAUGUGAACUUGGACAAGCUGCCAAAUGAUGCUUUCGUCGUAUACCAGGGUCACCAUGGGGACUCUGGUGUAUAUCGUGCCAACGUCAUUUUACCAGCAUCAGCAUUCAGUGAAAAGGAAGGGACUUAUGUAAAUACCGAGGGGCGUGCACAACAAACAUUGCCUGCAGUUCCUACAGUUGGUGAUGCCAGGGAUGAUUGGAAGAUAAUCCGAGCUCUCUCUGAGGUAUCAGGGGCACCCUUACCCUAUAAUUCACUCGGAGCCAUCCGAUCCCGCAUUAAGACUGUGGCACCAAACCUAUUGAGCAUAGAUGAGAGAGAGCCAGCUACAUUUUGGGGUUCACUGAAGCCUGAGUGCACUCAGAAAAUAAGCCCGACACCGUUUAAGUCUGUCGUAGAGAAUUUUUACAUGACUGAUGCUAUUACCAGGGCAUCAAAGAUAAUGGCACAAUGCAGUGCACUUCUAUUGAAGAAAUGAGUGCUAUAUUUUGAAGUUUCUAAAUAAAGUUGCAGAUUUGACUUCUCUUUUAAAUCUUUAUUGAGCUAUGUGAGGCCCUAUUUGGCCAAGGGCCAAACUUAAAUGUUCGCAGUACAUCCAAAUAAAGUUAUUUUAGAUUUUGGUUGUUUCACUGUAACAUCUCUACAAAUGUAAAAGCAGUUCCCUGUAGACUCUGUAAAACUUUGGACUCUCAUUUGUUUACAAUAUUUUGCCAGAUUUCAAGAAAUGCUGGAGUUUGCAGCAUAAUCAAUUUCCUUCA